AUGGUGCUGCCUGAUUUCGACCACGACAAUUUGGAGGGCAAGAAACUGCUGGGUGGCGGCCUGGAAACUGUGGUGUACAAGUCACCGCCAGACAUCAACGAGCAGUUUGAGUUCGUCGCCGUAUAUACCAGCCAUUUUGAGCAAAUGUGUCGGCACUUGCUAGACAAUGGUGCGGCCUUGAACGCCCUGCGGGGUAUGGCCGUGGACCUGCUCCUGAUAGAUGUCGCCUACCAUUGCGGCCUGGCAGUUGCAGAGCUGUUGCAGAAGCGUGUCGUGCUCCUUAACCCCAUGGACAUUGUGGACCCUUUCUUGAGCCGAUAUGGCGGCGUGCCCCACUCCCUGGCUGUCCACGCCGCCAUGGGAUCAGGCCUGGUGCACCCCAUGCUCGUGGGGCCUCUGCUGGGUGGCGGAGAAGCCAAGCCGCUGCCAGCCGACCUAUCCGCCAUUUUGGAGGGAGCAGGACCAAGGGGGGUGGUGUAUGUCAGCUUUGGCACCACUUUCCGGCCCUCCAGCUGCGAUGUGGUGCUCGGCCUGGCGGCAGCGCUGUCUGCUGUAAACACCACUGUGAUAUGGGCUGUGGACCUUGCCCACCUUCCAGUUGGCUGCCCUCUGGAUGUGGCCAGCCUGCCGCCCAGCAUUCAUGUGAUGCGUUGGGUGCCUCAAGACGACCUGCUGAGCCACCCACAGCUCAGGGCCUUUUUGUCGCAUGCGGGGGUCAACAGCCUCAAUCAGGCGGCCUAUCGCGGCAAGCCGAUGGCGGUGAAGGGCGGCUGGGGACUUCACUUCAAAAAGGGAGACCUCAGCCCGUCGACUGCCCACAAGCUGGCAGCCAUGCUGGAGCAAGCGGCGGCAAAAGACUCCCCACUUGCACAGCGUGCGGCUGUUGUGAGCGGCAUGCUGAAUGCGCACCCGCGGCCAGCGGUGGAGCUUGCAGCAGACUGGAUUGAGUAUGCGCUGGCGUUGCCGCCAGAUGCGGACCUGUCUGACCCGGCUGUGGCCAUGCCUCAUUGGAAGCGCUACUGCCUGGACGUUUACGCCGUGGCGGCAGUGGCCGUUGCGGCAGUGCUCGGCGUCGCCGCGCUGUAUCACGGCACACCUAUUGACGCCAUCUGCUGCGAGUUUGGCGCGUGA